AUGCCUCUGGCAGCGCCAGCACCUUGCGCUUGUAUUAUAGGAGGUGCAUGUGAUGAUGGUGCAUGUGAUGAUGGUGCGUGUGAUGAUGGUGCAUGUGAUGAUGGUGCGUGUGAUGAUGGUGCAUGUGAUGAUGGUGCAUGUGAUGAUGGUGCAUGUGAUGAUGGUGCGUGUGAUGAUGGUGCAUGCGAUGAUGGUGCAUGCGAUGAUGGUGCAUGCGAUGAUGGUGCAUGUGAUGAUGGUGCGUGUGAUGAUGGUGCAUGCGAUGAUGGUGCAUGCGAUGACAGUGCAUGCGAUGACGGUGCAUGUGAUGGUGCAUGUGAUGAUGGUGCGUGUGAUGAUGGUGCAUGUGAUGAUGGUGCAUGUGAUGAUGGUGCAUGUGAUGAUGGUGCAUGUGAUGAUGGUGCAUGUGAUGAUGGUGCAUGCGAUGAUGGUGCAUGCGAUGAUGGUGCAUGUGAUGAUGGUGCAUGCGAUGAUGGUGCAUGCGAUGAUGGUGCAUGUGGUGAUGGUGGAUGUGAUGAUGGUGCAUGUGAUGAUGGUGCAUGUGGUGAUGGUCACGUGUUCACAAUGCAUGAGCUUAUGCAUGCAAGGUAG